AUGUUGUGGCCAUAUGUUGUAUCUCACAUCAAUUCAUUGCCACAGGUUUCGUUACCCGAUCACGCCAAUAAAGAUUCCAACGUAAUAGAUGACUCCUCCCAUACAGAACCAAUUAUUCAGAUAAGCCCAAAUAAGUAUAAUCUACCAACUGUUGCAAUUACCAAGAGAUCUUUGUACUUGUUCAACUAUCGUACCUACUCACCAAUUGCUGCGCAUGUACGAAAACUUUCUUCAUUGGAGGAAUAUGGUGAGAAUAAGAAUGUGAAAAUUACCUCCGAUGGGUUCAUGUUUGUUGUUGAGACGUCCAAGAAUUACCUAAUGGUGUUCACCAUUCAUAACCUUAAGAAUGGAGAGGUAACCACACUAAAUGAAGUACAGACUGUUUUUUCAUCCAAUGGCACGUUAUUGCAACAGGGGUUCCCCCUAAUCGAAACGGAAUCAUCCUCAAUCACUUCCUUCAUUUCGACAAUGUUCUCCAGAGCUGACCUUGAGUAUCCUAAUUUUGAUUUUGGUUUACGAUUCAAGUUGGUGCUAAAAGUGCAACGUCCAUUGGUUGCCUUUCAUUCCCACUCUUCUGAUGUUCUUAUGCUUCUAUCCACAGAUCCUCUCUCCUUUCAAGUGAUCAACCUUUUUUCGAAGAAUAGGACGGAUGGAAAGCAUAUUGAGGUUCUGUUGUUGGAGCAGUUGGACUGGUAUCGAAUCGAUCAGUCCGAAGUUAAGUCGUGGAUUUACUCUAAGCGAUGGAGUUGUUUUUUCUGGCUUACAGAGAAGGGAAAUAUUUGGAAGGUACGUACUGAGAUUGGACCGUCAAAUGGAACCACCAAACUAGAUGGGGUAUGUUUGUACAAUCAGGAACUAGAAGAUCAAAAUGAUCCUAAAAUUGUUGGUCUUUACUUGAAUGAUCUUCAAGAUUGCCUUUACCUUGUGGAUGAGAAUGAAAACAUACGAAUCUACCAUCGAACAAAUGAAAAAUUACAUCUAUGGAGAAUUGUGGAAAAACCAUUAUCUUUGGAAAGGUUAAUUGACAUCCAGUUUUCCCCUUCUGGGCAGUCUUUUAUCACCAGAUUUUUUAACGGUUGGAAUAUGUACAGCAGCAUGGGAAAUCUUUGUUUUUCAUCCAUUGAUCAUAGUGAUUCUUCCAUCGCUGAAGUUGACAACUGGUUGCAAUUUGUGAGCGAUAUAAGGUUUACCCCUUCAAACGAUUUAAUAAUAUCCAAAGGAAGCUUGUUUUUUGUUGUUGGGCUUAUCAAUUUGAACUCGUCAUUAAACCAAUGUUCAAAUAACUGCAAAAGACCAAUACUUUACACCAGCGAGGAACUAUUUCUAUUCAAAGGUUGGGAUAAGAAUUUGACUGAUUACUUUAAGCAGGAUCCCGCCUUGUCGAGAGAUGCUACCUUGUGGUUGCCAAUCAACAUACCUACAAAGUUUAUCUUAAAGAAUCUGCACAUUACUAGUAUAAGCUCGGAUGAGAGUGGAACACUAAUUUGUGUAGUUGGAAAUAAGUCAGCACUUGUUUAUCAUGUUGUUACAGACAAAUGGAAGCUGUUCGAUUUGAAUUCGGAAGUCACACUUCACCAAGCCGAAUCAACUAGUAAUGAGCAAAACAAUAAUAUUAUAGCUACCGGUUGGUGGAAAAAUCACCUAUUCAUGGCUUUGAGAAACAUUUUUGAUGAUAACGGCAAACUUAUUUCAGCGUCAAAAGUUUUGGUAUUUUCAACCUUACGUUUCGAUUCCAAUGAUGAAAAGGAAACUUAUUUUGGUGCCGAGGAGAUUAUUUGGAGUUUUGACUUUGAGGAAACUUCAGUUGACGAGUUCUUGCUCUAUUUCAAUUGUGAUGUCUUGAGGUCCCAACUAAUUGUUGUCAGUUCUGAAUUCAAUGUUUACACUUGGUCAAUGAGUAUGGAAUCUCACGAAGAAAAAAAAACAAAAGGAAGGCUGAUCUUGCAAAGAGGAAAUGUUUACAGAUUGAAGAAUCUCUUUGCAGAAAAUGAUAAGCUAAAUUCCAAAAGAUUAAAGACUUUGAAAUAUGUUAGCUUAAUUGACGAACACAACAUUGUUAUGUUAUUUGAAGGGAUCUUUUAUUGCGUUCAAAGAUCCUUGAAUAAAGAUCCUGAAAAUCCUAGUUUAGUCAAAGUCGGUUACACCAAAGAAGUGAUUAGCACUGGAAUAGAGUUUAUUCAAGUUGUUUCCGCAGAUGUCGUGAUUGCAUUCAAUGGUUGCAAAUGUUUAUAUUUUGAUCUGUGUCAAGAGAAGAAUAUAUCAGAGGUGUCACCCAUAUUCAUAGAUACCGGAUCAGAAUCUGCUCUGGCAUCCCACAGAAACCUUUCUAAACACCAACAAGAUAUACUGAAUAACAAAGCUUUGACAAUAAGGAAGACUGAAGGGACUCAGGCUUAUCCCAUAUUGAUUAUGAGUGAAAAAAGCUUGCUUUUUGGUCUUGAUAUCGAGAUCUCAACAAGAACAGUUGCAUUUGAGGACACUGAAAAAACCAGUUUCAUCUUGAAUUUCCAGACCAAGAAAAGAAACUAUUUGACAGAUUUAAUUGACCAUCAAUUGAAGGAUGGUGGAGAUUUUCAAUUAGCAGAAGCACUCCAUAAAUUUGAAAAAUUCAAACAGUUUCAAAACUCUUUAGAGUUGCUCCUGCUCAACCAUGUGAUGAAUUCGACUGGAGAGCGCUCAGACAAGGAUGUUUAUUUUGACAGGUUGCACCAUCUGAUACAAUCAACAGAGAACUCAUUAGGAAUUUACAGUAAUUUUUUGAGGAAAGUAGAAGUCAGACAUUGGAAAUUGAUUUUUGAUAAACUAGACUCGGAUCCUCGUACCAUUUUGAAACACUUAUUAGAGACAGAGAACAGCCACUUACUAGCACUGAAUUAUUUUAUUAUCAUGCUAAAUUACGAGAAUGAAGACGAGGAUGCGAAAAGUACGAUAUCCACCCAGGAUCGACAAAUGGCCACUAAAAUCAUGGUCAACUUGAUCAAUGAUAAAGAUUAUGAACGUUCUUUUGAACUUUUCAGAUUCAUCAAACUAAUUGAUGAAGUGUCGGCUGUGGAAAUAACUAAGGAAAUACAGCAAGAGAUCAUAACGCCCAUAGACAAAUAG